AUGAGCUCUCCCACACUUCCAACCAUAUUGUUGGUGCCAGGAGCCUGGCACAGUCCAGCAUCAUACGACUUGCUACGCAGCGACCUCCACGACCGUGGCUUCCCUACUGAGACUGUGACAUUAGCUGGAGUGGGCAACACCGAUGUCAACGUAGGACUGGAGCAAGAUACGGCUGCUGUUCGUGUCAAGCUGGAGACGCUUGUCAACGCCGGAGGCGAAGUCGUCGUGGUUGCGCAUUCGUACGGGGGUGUUCCUGUCGCGAAUGCUGUUGAGGGCUUCAACUACAAGGACCGUUUGGCACAGAAGAAAGCAGGCGGUGUCCUUAUGUCCAUCUAUAUGACCGCUUUUGCUCUUUCUGCUGGGGCGGCACUGUCUGAUGGCGCAGGCUUACCGUCAUGGUGGAACGUCACUGAUGGUCUCAUUUCGCCUCUCAACCAAAUCCAGACAUUUUAUGCGGAUGUCGAGCCUUCCCUCGCUGCCAAAGCAGUCGAAGCGCUCCGUCCCCAGCCGUUUAAGACCUUCCAAGAUAAAUCCGGUUUCGAGCCUUGGAAUAACGGGUUCGAAAUGGGUUACAUCUUCGCAGAACAAGACCAAGCCAUACCGCUUGAUCUGCAGAAGCUGAUGGCAUCUCAGUUCCCCGCUGAAUCAUUUACGGCUAGUCUCCCGGCCAGUCACUCGCCAUUCCUUAGCAUGCCUAAGGCUCUUGGUGGUGUUUUGCAGGAGGCGGCCCAGGUGGCUGUUGCCAAGAAGAGUGUUUAG